CGGCGGCGGCUGUGGCGCGAGGAGGAAGUCUUCCGCUUCCGGUGUGGGCGGGGCCAAAAGGGAAAGGGGCGGAGUCGGAAGAGGGAGAGCGGGAAGAAGGGAGCGAAAGGGGAACGCCUCCUUCUCUCUCUCUCUUUUCAGUCCACAGUCAAGGAAGCGUCGCCUGUGGCGCGAGGACGCAGCGCACGCCAGUGACGUGGAGCACGACGUCGGUCGAAGCCACGCGCCGCAGGUGUCUUUCAGGCAGAUGCUGGUUGCCGUUAGAGACUGGAUGCUGAAUGAGAUUAACUGAUCUAAACCAGCAAGGCCAUUGUCUUCAUUGUGAAUGUACUCCCAACUUGACUGAGCCAUGAAUCUUGCCCUCCAUGACCUGUUGACCUGCUGCCGUCAGCUUGAAAGUGACAAGGCCUCAGAACGAAAGAAGGAAAUUGAGAAGUUCAAACGUCUCCUCCGUGAUUCUGAAACAAUUCAGCAGUUGGAUCAAAACUCUGAUUCCAAACAUGGAAAACAUCUUAACUGGGAUACUGUAUUCAGAUUUCUGCAGAAGUACAUUCAGAAAGAAACUGAAAGUGCCAGGCUAGCAAAGCCAAAUGUGUCUGCAUCAACGCAAGCAACAAGGCAAAAAAAGAUGCAGGAGAUCAGCAGCUUGGUCAAAUAUUUCAUCAGAUGUGCUAAUAAAAGAGCGCCCAGGUUGAAAUGUAAAGAGCUUCUAAUGUAUAUCAUCAACACAGUAAAUGAUCCAUCAAGUUAUGCUAUUUAUGGAGCAGACUGUAGUAGUAUAUUGCUAAAGAAUAUUCUUGUAGUGAGAAAAUACUGGUGUGAAAUAUCUUCACAACAAUGGUCAGAUCUCCAAAACCUGUACUUCAGAUUGUUCCUCAGACCUUCCAAAGACAUCAACAAGGUUUUGGUGGCUAGAAUCAUUUACACACUCACCAGAGGAUUGUGCUUCCAAACUGAUGAGUUAAAUUCUAAUAUUUUUAACUUUUUCCCAAAAGCUAUGCAGUAUGCAAGGCAAGAAAGAAACCCUGUGGCUCUUGAACAUAUUUUUGCAGCCAUGAAUGUAGUUUUUGGUGUGUUUGCUAUGAAUUACCGUAUCCGAAUUUGUAAGCUAGGAGAGGAAAUUCUGCCAACUGUCCUUUGGAUAUGGGCUCAGUAUAAACCAAAAGAUUCCCUGAAGAAGCAGAUCAUUCAGCUAGUCCAGCUUCAGGUUCGUGUUCAUCAUCCAAAUGGAGCAAAAAGCCAGGAAGAAGGAGUCUGUAACUCAGUGAAAUGGGAAAGUAUUUUAUACAGUCUCUAUGACUUAUUAGCUAAUGAAGUCAAUCUCAUUGGCAGCAGAGGAAAAUAUUCUUCAGGCUCACGCAGUAUUGCUGUAAAAGAAAACCUUGUUGAGUUAUUUGCUGAUAUUUGUCAUCAGCUCUUUACAGAAAGCACCAAAGUUUUGGAGAUAAGCCAUCCAUACACUGUUACACAGAGAGAGGUUGGAGAUGGAGAAGGGCCAUACAAACGUAGGAGAAUUGAAUUAGGUUGGGAAGUGAUUCGUGACAACCUGCAAAGAUCGCAGAAGGACUUUGAUGUCAUACCCUGGCUGCAGAUUACAACCAGAUUAUUAUCAAAGUAUCCCACAAGCAUUCCUCAUGAGGAGGUGCUUCUUUUACUCAAUAUACUUUAUCAGCUACUACCUCAGCAGCGUCGAGGAGAAAAGACACCUUAUGUGUUACGAUGUCUUAAAGAGGUUGCAUUGUGUCAAGGCCAAAAACUACAUCUGAAAAACACUCACAAGUUAGAGCUGCAGCGAACAUGGUCAAAAGUUUGGUCUUUUGUUGUUCGUAGCCUAAGUCUUCAGCAAAUUGAAGUAGAAUGUUUUGAAUUACUUGGAGCAAUGAUUCAAGGAAAGAUAAUAGCAAUGGAUAGAGAAAUUUGGAAGAUAUUUUCAGGAUCUUCAUGCAAGCCGUCAAGAUCUGCAGCACAGUUCUUGACAGUUGCACUUAGAACAUCAGAAGUACCGGAAAUUUUGAAAAAUGGGACAGUACAGAAUGAUUGCGAAGGAAAUACAACUCUUUCAUUAAAAGAAGCAAUUCUGAAGUGGCUUCUGUUCUGCCAUGAGGAGGAAGAUAUAGAGGAUACUGUGGAACUCCCUCCUAUUCUGUGCAGUGACUUUCCUAAAUUAGAACUGCAGAAAAGUCUUGUAAGCCUGACUAUGAAAAAUAGUACAUCGGCCAUAAAUUUUUUUCACAAUGCUUCUGAAUGUUUGCAACAUGCACAAGAAAACAAAGUCAGUUUUUCAGAAACUGAAGCAUUCUACAUGCAGACAACUUGUGAUGGAAUUGAUAUAUUUACAAACAUGAUAGAGGAGAUAUCAGAAAGCAAACCCUCUGGUUCCAGACUGGUAGUCAACCAGAAACGUAGACAAGCCUUAGAGAAUGAUCUCUUGGUGAUGUCAGAAAAACUUCUUAGUAGCUUUUCUUUUGAGAUGUCUGCAGAAACCCUUGUGCGCUGUGGUGGUCUUUUGGCUGGAGUUCUUGGUUGCUAUUGCUAUGCUGGUAUCUUGACAGAAGAAGAAGCAUAUAAAUCAGAGCUUUUUUAUAAAGCCAAGUCUCUUAUUCAUUAUGUAGGAGAAAGCAUUUCUCAGUCUAAAAACAAGCAAAAUGAAGAUUCCAUGAUCAUUUCACUGAGGACUUCAAUAUUGCAAUGUGCUAGUUGCUUAUGUAAUUGUAACCAGAACAGCCCCCAAAAGAGUAUGUCUGACAUUUUCUUGCAUUUGUUAACAUCAAAGCUGAUGAAUGAUCUUGCAGAUAUGUGCAAACUUCUGAUGGCGUCUAUGGGAAAGGCAAAUGAAGUUGGAGAAGUAGAUAUAAUGGAUGAUGAUCCUGAAGAGAGCAGAAUGGAAGGAGAACACCGAGCAGUCUUGGAUCUGUUUGAUGAUGAGUGCGUCAAACCUGGAGAUGUAAAUGAAUGUGGAGAAUUGCAGACUUUGGCAGGUGCCUUAAGCCCAUUAUCUGAAGAACAUCUGACUAAACAGGACUUGCUCCUCCUUGACAUUUUAAAGUUCUUGUGUAUUGCUGUCACAGCAUCUUCAGGACAAACAGUUUGCUUUAGAGUUUCUGAAAUUCGGAGGAAACUCUUGAUGCUAAUUGAGGGGAACACAUUUGAUUAUAUGAAACCACUACAUCUUCAAGUGUACUUAGCCUUGUUGAAGGAGCUUCCUAGUGAAGAAAAUCCCUUGCUAGAAGAUCAGAUUGUCUCACUGCUCAGUCCUCUUGGGGAUGUCUGUUCUUUUUAUCGUCGAGAUCAAGAGGUUUGCUCAGCAAUUCUCCAUAAUCUCCUUCCCAUGGUGACUGCUUUGGGCAAUGCCACAACAAAUACUGAAGAUUUAAGUAGAGCCCAGGGUCAAUUUUUAACAGUUGUAGAGGCAUUUUGGCAGUUAGCAAGUGAACAUAAAUGCACAGCUCCAGUAAGAAUAGCCUUAGUGAACUGCAUGAAAACCUUACUUCAGGCUGAUCCUUAUUCAAAGUGGACCAUGCUUAAUGUUAAACAUGAAAAGCUGACUGUCAGUGCUGCUUUCCCUAACUUCCUUGCAGAUAGCAACUUUCAAGUUUGCAUGGUUGCAGCUAAGUCAGUAACCAGUUUGUUCCAAGAAGAGAAAUCAAGAGAUUCUACUGGUUUAUUGAAGCCUCUUCCUCUGACGUUCCAACAAAAGGCCUUUGACAACUUGUACAUCAAAGUUCAAGAUGGAACAAAGAAGCUGGCAACUGGCAGUGUCUGCCAAGAGAGUCUUCCUGAUGAAGAACAUAAUAGAAAAAUAGUUCUCCUCAUGUUAUUAACUGUGAUUUUACGCUGUAGUCCAGUGUGUGAAAAAAGGGCAUUGUUUGCAAUUUUCCAGUGUGUAAAAGAGAAUGGAUUAGAACCUCAGCUUGUAAGAAAGGUAUUAGAAAGGAUUUCUGGCAGUUCUGGCUAUAAAAGUACAGAAGAUUUCAUGAAUACCCACUUAGAUUAUCUUGUUCAAGAGUGGUUGAACUGCCGCUAUAGUCUUCAUCUUUUUCCAUAUAUUUUGUUGAAUUACUCUAGUUUAGAGGAAUUCUACAGGUCCUGUUACAAAGUUUUGAUUCCACAACUAGUAAUUAGAAAUCAGUUUGAAGAAGUCAAAUCCAUUGCUGACAAAAUUGAAAGAGAAGAGAAACAGCUUCUAGCAUACUGCUUUCCCAAAAUCCUUGUGGGUGUUCUUCCUUACUUUGCCUACCAGAAUCACAAAGAUGGUGAAUUUGCAGAAAAGAGAGCAAGAGCUUCUAAAGUCUAUGACAAACUGAAAGAUGAAAGCUGCUUAGGAAUACAGUUGAUAGACAAUUUAUUUCAUGGUAAUCUGCCAGAAAUUGUGGUAGAGAUAUUGAUGACCUUGCAUGAACCAGCUGAUAAAAAGACAGAAGAAGAUUCUGAUUUAAAGAGAUUUGCCGGAGCUCUUGAUCCUUCUCCAAAUCCUCCUUAUUUUCCAUCAUAUAUCAUCAGAGCAACAUUGGAUUACACCAGCAGCUGCUGUAAAACAAAGUCAAAAGAACUUGUAGCAAUUCUUUCCAAGAACCCUGAGUCAUUCCAGAAAAUCUUACUUGACAUAUGUAGGCAAGCAUCUGAAACAAGUAAUAUUUACAAAAAACAUAGGAUUCUUAUGGUAUAUCACUUUUUUGUAAAUUUAUUGCUGAAACAAAUAAAAGAUGGUCUAGGAGGAGCAUGGGCUUUUGUACUUCGGGAUGUCAUUUAUACCAUGAUUCAUCACAUCAGUAACAGGCCUGUAAUACUCAAAGGGAUAUUUCUCCGGAACUUUUUGCUAUGCUUUGAUCUUCUCAACCACAUUUGCCAUACUGCAGUCAAAUAUUGUCAAGAUGCCCUAGGCAGUCAUCUCCAUGUUAUUGUGGGUACACUCAUACCUAUUGUGGGAGAACAACCUGAAGCCCAAGAAGAGAUCUUGGGCUUACUGAAGUAUCUGGUAAUAGAUAAUAAAGACAAUGAAAAUCUGUACCAAGCAGUGAAACAUCUAGAUCCUUUUCCUGACCAACCUGCUUUUAAAGAACUACGUUCCGCUCAGCAAAAAAUAAAAUACAGUAAAGGAGAAUUUUCUCUUUCUGAGGAAAUCAACCAUUUCCUAUCCGUAAAUAUCUCUGAUUCAUUAUCAUUAACAAGGCGUGAAGGUUUAAAUGAUUUGCGCAAACAACUUGAAAGUCAUAAAGAACAAAUGAAAUAUCUUAUGAAAGAGUUUCAGGAAGAUCCAAAGGACUGUGUAAUAGUGAAGUUGGUGGUGUGCCUUUUACAGCUUUCAAAAAUAGCUGUAAACUCUUCUGAUACAGUCUUGGAGGCAGUUGGGAGCUGUUUGGGAGAAAUUGGCCCCAUCAGUUUUUCUACCACAGCUUUACAACACAAUAAAAUUGUAUCCUGCUUCAGUGCAGCUGAUCUGUUUGAAAACAGGGAACUUCAGUGGGUCUUCAUCAUGUUAACUCUCAUAAAUAAUGCUUUACUAGAUCAAUGUAUUGAGGUUCGAUCAGCUGCUGCUACUUGUCUGAAAAACAUUUUAGCCACUAAAACUGGUCAUGAAUUCUGGGAGAUUUACAAAGUCAAAGCAGACCCAAUGCUAAUAUAUCUGCAUCCUUUCAGAGUGUCUAAGAAAAAGGUGUUGGAAGUGUCUCAUAAAACACCAGAUACUCAUUCAGAAGUUUUGGACAAUACAAAUCUCUGGAUUCCUCAGAAUCAAAACCAUGAUGUUUGGAUUAAGACUUUGACUUCUGUGCUCUUGGACAGUGGAAGGGUAAAAAGUGAAACCCUUCUGUUACUGAAGCCUUUGUGUGAGGUUCAAACAGGUUUUUGUCAGACUGUACUUCCAUACCUAAUCCAUGAUAUCCUGCUUCAUGACUCAAAUGAAUUUGGGCAGACUCUUUUGUCCACACAUAUUCAGACAUUUUUCACCACUUGUUGCCAGAAUGCAUUGCCCCACAGUAGAACAUCUACACCCGCAUGUUCAGAUCCAGAUUCAGAAUCCCUUGCUAAUACCAAUUUGGAUAAAAUAUCUCGAAAUACGAUGCUUGCUAUAGUUGACUACUUACGACGACAAAAGAAAAGUCCUUCAAGUACAGUCUUUGAUGACAGCUUUUGGCUGGAUUUAAAUUACCUUCAGGUUGCUGUGGUAGCCCAGUCCUGUGCUGCUCAUUUCACAGCUUUGCUGUACACAGAAAUCUAUGCUGACAAGAUAAACCUGGACAAACAGCAAGAACGGUCUACUUCCAAAGCAGCAAGACAGAUAACAUUUGAGGAAGAAAGUCAGAAUGCAAGACUUACUUGUUUGAGCAACAAGAGUAAGGAAGAAACGGGAAUAAGUUUUCAGGAUCUCCUCAUGGAGAUAUACAGAAGCAUAGGAGAACCAGAUAGUAUCUAUGGCUGUGGUGGAGGAAGAAUGUUGCAGCCAUUAGCUAGAAUAAGAACAUAUGAACAUGAAGCAGUGUGGGGGAAAGCCCUGGUGACUUAUGACCUUGAAACAAGCCUUCCUCCAUCAACUCGACAGGCAGGAAUAAUAGAGGCCUUGCAGAAUUUUGGGCUAUGUGAUACUCUUUCAAUCUAUUUAAAAGGACUAGAACAGGAAAAUGAAGAAAGUACCAUGGAAUUACAAGAACUUCGUUAUCAGGCAGCUUGGAGAAAUAUGCAGUGGGAUCAGAUUUCUUCAGUCAAAGAUGAAAUGGGAGGACGAGGCUAUCAUGAAUCAUUGUAUGAUGCGCUGCAGUGUUUAAAGGACAAAGAAUUCUCUACCUUUUAUGAAAGACUGAAGUGUGCAAGAGUGAAGGAAGUAGAAGAAUUGUCUAAAGGUAGCCUUGAGUCUGUAUAUACAUUGCUGCCUACGCUCUGUAGACUGCAGACUAUUGGAGAGUUGGAAUGCACAGGACAACUUUUCACUGGAUCUGUAACUAACAGCGAUCUGAAUAACAUGUAUCUGAAGUGGCAGAGACAGUCCCAUCUUCUUCAGGAUAGUGACUUUAAUUUCCAAGAACCUAUCAUGGCUUUGCGCACAGUAAUUCUGAACAUCCUUCUGGAGAAGGAAAUGGAGAAUACCACAAGAGAAUGCAUUAAAGACAUCCUUACCAGACAUCUUGUGGAGCUGUCCAAAUUGGGUCGGAUGGCAAAAAAUACACAACUUCCAGAAAGAGCAAUGUUUCAAAUCAAGCAAUGCAGCCCAACGAGACAUGGGAUAUCUGAAUGGCAACUAGAGGAAGCGCAGGUGUUCUGGGCUAAAAAGGAGCAAAGCUUAGCACUGAAUAUCCUGAAAGAGAUGAUCAAUAAAUUGGAUGAAGAUUUGUUUAAGGUUGAAAAAGACCCAGCUUUGAGAUUAAUUUACACAGAGUGUCUCAGGUUAUGUGGAAGCUGGUUGGCAGAGACUUGCUUAGAAAAUCCUACAGUAAUUAUGCAGAAUUACUUGGAAAAGGCAGUAGAAGUUGCUGGGAGCCAAAAGGGUGAUAGCAGUGAUGAGCUGAAGAGUGGGAAAAUGAAGGCUUUUCUGUCCCUGGCUCGUUUCUCGGACACCCAGUAUCAAAGAAUUGAAAAUUACAUGAAAUCAUCAGAGUUUGAAAACAAGCAGGCUUUACUGAGGAAAGCAAAAGAGGAAGUUGGCCUUCUAAGAGAACAUAAGGUGCAGACAAACAGAUAUACAGUCAAAGUUCAACGCGAGCUGGAACUUGAUGAAUGUGCAAUUCGUGCACUGAUAGAAGACCGCAAACGUUUCUUGUGCAAAGCCAUUGAGAACUACAUCAGCUGUUUACAGAGUGGGGAAGAGCAUGACAUGUGGAUCUUCCGGCUCUGUUCCCUCUGGCUUGAGAACUCUGGAAUUUCUGAAGUCAAUGGCAUGAUUCAGAAGAAGGCAAAGAAAAUACCAUCCUACAAGUUCCUGCCUCUGAUGUAUCAACUGGCUGCUCGAAUGGGAACUAAGAUGAUAGGAUUUCAUCAGAUUUUGAAUAAUCUUAUAGCUAGAAUCUCUCUUGACCAUCCACAUCACACUUUGUUUAUAAUCUUGGCAUUGGCAAAUGCCAACAAAGAUGAAUUCCUGACAAAGCCAGAAGAACCUCAAAGAAACAGUCUAAUGAAAAAGAAGCCAAAAGAAGCUUCCCUGCUUGACAUGGAUCGAAUAGAGGCUGCUAGCAAUAUAAUUAAUAUUGUGAAACACAGAAGAACUGAAAUGGUGGCAAAUGUUGAAACCCUUUGUGAUGCUUAUAUCACUUUAGCAAACUUGGAUGCAAGUCGCUGGAAAUCACAAAAAAGAGGUGUAAAUAUCCCAUCUGAUCAACCUAUUACUAAAGUAAAGAACCUAGAAGAUGUUGUUGUACCUACUAUGGAAAUUAAGGUGGAUCCAAAUGGAAAAUAUGAAAAUUUGAUUACAAUAAGGUCAUUCAAGCCAGAAUUUCACUUAGCAGGAGGUCUUAACCUACCCAAAAUAAUAGAUUGUGUUGGAUCAGAUGGCAUUGAGAGGAGGCAACUUGUCAAGGGCCGUGAUGACCUAAGGCAGGAUGCUGUCAUGCAGCAGGUUUUCCAGAUGUGCAAUACCUUGCUCCAGGAAAACACUGAAACCAGAAAGAGAAAGUUGACUAUCCGCAGAUACAAGGUGGUUCCCCUCUCUCAGAGAAGUGGUGUGUUAGAGUGGUGUACAGGUACAAUUCCUCUGGGUGAAUUUCUUAUCAAUACGGAUAGAAGUGCUCACAAACGAUAUAGACCCAAAGACUAUAGUAGCAUAGACUGCCAAAAGAAAAUGAUGGAAGCACAAAAGACAAGUUCUGAAGAGAAAUAUGCUAUCUUCAUGGAUAUAUGCCAGAAUUUCCAACCUGUAUUUCGCUAUUUCUGUAUGGAGAAAUUUCUGGAUCCAGCAGUAUGGUUUGAGAAACGGUUAGCAUAUACUCGCAGUGUUGCCACUUCAUCAAUAGUUGGCUACAUACUUGGUCUUGGAGAUAGACAUGUGCAGAACAUUCUGUUAGAUGAGCAAACUGCAGAACUUGUGCACAUUGAUCUAGGUGUUGCUUUUGAGCAGGGCAAAAUCCUUCCUACUCCGGAGACUGUACCUUUUAGGCUAACAAGAGAUAUAGUAGAUGGGAUGGGUAUUACUGGAGUAGAAGGUGUCUUCAGGAGGUGCUGUGAAAAAACUAUGGCUGUUAUGCGAAACUCCCAAGAAGCUUUGCUGACUAUUGUAGAAGUGCUUCUCUAUGACCCCCUCUUUGACUGGACCAUGAACCCUUUAAAAGCUUUGUACUUGCAGCAAAGGCCAGAAGAUGAGGCUGAUGUCCGCUCCAGUCUCAAUGCUGCUGAACAGGGAUGUAGCAAAAAAGCAAAUGGUGAUAACCAGACAUUUAAUAAAGUAGCAGAGCGUGUCUUGAUGCGACUUCAGGAGAAACUCAAAGGUGUGGAGGAAGGAACAGUGCUCAGUGUGAGGGGCCAGGUUAAUCUUCUCAUACAGCAAGCCAUGGACCCAAAGAAUCUCAGCCGCCUCUUUCCAGGGUGGAAAGCAUGGGUCUGAAAAUGUGUAGUUGAUCUUAAGAACAAAGUGUGACCAGAUCUGAGUUUUGGGGGGGGGGGAAUGUGUCCCACAUUUCAUAUUUUCCUGGUUCGUGGAGGAAUUAAGGUCCUAAAUCCAGGAUCCCAGUGCUUGCUGAUAGCCAGUGUAACAGAGCUUUCUUCAGUUCUCCCUUCCCCCAUAGCAACCCUAAAAACAUCUCUGGACAGUUGGCCAGCAAUCUGGAGCUGAUUUUUGAGAUGAACAGCAGGCUAUAAUAGGGAGGGGAACUACAUCUGAUUAGAUUGACAGAAGCAGUUACUUUAGUAGAUACUGUGCUGGAUCCUGAACAAAGUAUUGAAACAUUGAUUUGAAAACUAUUGAACCAUAGGCUUCGAGUAUAAAUACUGCAGAGUAUCUUAUAGUAUGCCCUCCAUCAGCGGAGGGUUGCGAAGGAGCUGAGAUUACAUCACCAGGUACAUGGAUUCAUUAGUUCUUUAAAAUCCCACUUAAGUUCAGAAGGUUAAUGCUGCAAUCAUAUGCUCCCACAAAAGGAAACGAUAGUGCCUCUCAAUAAACCCCACGUUAUAGUUUGGGUGUAUUGCUGCAGUAUACUGCUAUUCUUUGUUGAUACUUUAUUUUAAAAUUAUCAUUAUUGUCAUAAGCAGAGUGGUCCCUUUGUAUGGUUGCUUUGCAGUGUAAUUGACAAAAAGAAGCUACCACCAGAUUGGUAAACGUGCACUUAGGCACUGAAAGAGAACAUAAUCUAUACGUGGUAAAAAUCCCAUGCAUCCUAGCUGUAGAUGGAAUUCAGAAACUGGUUUAUGGUUAGUAAGAGAUGUAUGCACUGUUUACCUUUUUGCUUUCAAAAGGAGGACAAGGAACUUAAAUGUUACUUAUCAUACAUUAAAAUAUGACAUACAGCACAAGUUCUCAUAAGAAGCUACAUUUUAAAUACUGAGAAGGAAAGAUAUGUAUAAAAAUAUAUGUACAUUUGUCAAACUUUAUGCCACUGGUACUAUAUUGCUUUCAUCAUUGUUAUUUACAGAAGCAACUGGUAUAGUCUAUCUAUAUGCAUAAUAAUGUGGGUAUCCUUUUACUUUUUAUAAAUGUUGAUAUUUAUAACAUAGAUAUGGUAUGUUUUUAUUCUUAUUCAAGUGGAAGUUGUACUUUAAGCUGGAAAAAAUCUUACCAUGUCCAUAAUUGAAAACUGUUCUUUCUCAUGGAAAUAGUGGCCUACCUCAAUCAGUCCAAUUUGCAAUUGUAUUAUUAAGCUGUAUUAUUACUUGCAGAGGAGCCUGCAGGCAAAAGAUCAAGGGGCAUUAUAAAUCAAAAUGAAAUUACUAAAAUAAGCUAAAAUAUGUGAAAUCAAUUUAUCUGUUUUUAUAAUGUAAUACUGGGACAUGUGUAUAUUGUUCAAAUGAAAAGAAUAAAUUUGUCCAUGUACUUUGUA